CAUGCGGACAAUAAGCAUUUUAGCUGCAUUUGCUUAGGUAGCGGCAGCGGUGUGGUGGUGGCAGCCGCUCCAGCUAACCUGUUAACGUCAUACUAACGCUGUUUGGCACUAUGGACCCUCUUGAAGAGUACCACUCCCCGUUCGACUUCGAACAAGGAGUCAACACCAGCUACCUCUACCUCUCCCCCGCCUAUGGCGACACGCCACCCGACUCUCCGGCUGUCAAGAACAGAGGUUCCCAGCAGCACCCAGAUGCCACCCCAGAGCAGGGGGAGGACAUGGCGUCGACGCUCGACCAGUCUUUCUCCUCCGUCCCCACACUGACGGACGAGGAGCGGGAGGAGCUGCAGGAGGAGCUGGCCAGGGUGGAAAAUGAGAUCCAGACUCUGUCCCAGGUUCUCACCGCCAAAGAGAAGCAGCUGGCAGACAUCAAGAGGAAGUUGGGCAUCACGCCGCUCAACGAGCUGAAGCAGAACAUCAGCAAAGGCUGGCAGGAAGUCACCACCUCCAACGUCUAUAAGAAGACAUCGGAGACGUUCUCCCAGGCGAGUCAGAAGGCCACGGCGGCGUUCUCCAGUAUGGGCUCAGCCAUCAGCCGCAAAUUGGAGGACGUCAGGUUGCAGUCAGUUUCCAACACGUUUGGGAACACGCCCUCGUUCAAGACGUUUGAAGAGAAAGUGGAGACCUUCAAGACCAAGAUGAGUCCGUCGGCGUCCUACAGCACCCCCGUCGACCAGUUCAGCAGUAAUGCAGAUCCCGAGUCUAACCACAGCCAGCCCGAUGACGUGCCCAUCCAGGAGGCGCCUACUCACUGAGACCCCCCUCCCCUUCCCCCUCCCCCCAUCCCCCCGUUGACCUUUCAACCCCUACACUGGGAGGCUUUCCCCCCUUUUCAACCUUUCAUCUUUCCCUCCCAGCCUUCCUGUGACCCAGUUGUCCGGUCCUUUUCGUGGGAGGCGUGCGCUCGCUGGUUCACUGCCGCCACCGCAGAAUUGAGGCCACGAGGCGCUCGUGAGCGUGCGGUCUCAUGGCAACCAUCCGAGUUUGUCUCCGCCGGUGGACGAGGGAGCGGUGCCGACGUGGGUGAAACGAUAGGGAAUUCUGGAUGCAAAGGCUUCUGCCCAUCCUCCGACCGUCCCUUUUAAACUACUCCUCCUCUUUCCAUUCCCCCCUCCUCUUCCUCUGCCUCUUCUUCUUCUUCUUCACUAUCAAACCAGCAGGACGCUGUGCAAGUUGAUGCCAAAAAUGUGUUGUUGUUGUUGUUGUUGUUGUUGUCCCCCCUCCUUGUUUAAAGUUGGACCAUCAUUGGCUGUGUUACAUUUGGAAGCUUUGAGUGUGUGUGUCUGCAUAUUGGCCAGCGCCGUGGGGGUUUGCACUAACGGGCAAGGCUUUACACUUGUGCGUGUGUGUGUGUGUGUGUGCGUGUGUGUGUGUGUGAGAAUCUGUUGGUUUCUGGCCGUUUCCUUUCCACCGGCCCUUUUCAUUACACAUUGGAUUUGUUGCCUCGGUGUCGCCGUUCCGUUUCGAUUAUACUCCUGGUCCGUUAUGGGGGAACCGUUUUAUAGCCCAUCUGAUUUCGCCCCCUCCAUAUUCUUCAGUCCCAUCCACCCAGAAUCCCGCCGUAAUGUGUGGUAGCCUAACACUGUUUUGUGUGACUGUAUGUCUUCGUUUCCAAGUUAUAUGCCAUUUUGUACAGCGCUUUUCUUUUCUUUUUGUGGACCCCUCUGUGCGGAGGGAAAGGUACAUGUCAGCCCGACUAUUUUAACUCCAUUGUGAAUUCGGUGCUACAGCGGCGGCCACUAACUCCAGCGCUAGCUCCUCCACAAUGCACCUUUAGAUACAUCUUCUUUAUUGCUCCCAUUUCUAAAUACUGGGCGAAGCGGGUCAUUGUGAGGAGACGGCUUUAGGGAGACGGAGACGGAUCACCAGGAAGGCAAACCAUACCGUUUGGGGUGGGGGGAGGUGGGGGGGGGUGUUUACAAUUGUGUGUUUAUUGACAUUGGAGCGAACGGUCGUCCAUUGUCUCUGCUUGGUUAGUAAACUCGGCCACCACCUUUAAACGGAAUAAAGAAAUACAAUCAAGGACACUGUAUGUUAUGUGCUGUACUUAUAAGGAAUAACUAUAUAAUUGACAUAUAACAUGUAUAUUUUCCAUCCUUGUUUAUGUGUGUGCAGUUUUUUCCUCAAGGGGGUUGUAAAAAAGAUUA